AUGCAGGCACAACACGAGGGGCUGUUCCUGGAGUCGCCGAUCCUGAGGGACGUGACCGUGCAGGCCUGCCCGGGGGCUGUGAUCGGUGGGGCCGGGCUGGACGUCGACUUCUCCCUGGAGAGUCCCUCGGGGCUGCUGCUGGUCAGCGAGUCCCGCCGCUCCGACGGGGCGCACACCGUGGAGCCCACCGAGGCCGGCGACUACAAGCUCUGCUUCGACAACUCCUUCAGCACCAUCUCGGAGAAGCUGGUGUUCUUCGAGCUCAUCUUCGACAGCGCCCAGGAGGAGGAGGAGGAAGAGGAGGAGGACGAGGAAGGCGACGGCUGGGUGGAGGCGGCAGAGCCAGAGGACACGCUGGAUGUCAAAAUCGAGGACAUCAAGGAAUCCAUUGAGACCAUGAAGAGCCGCCUGGAACGGAGCAUCCAGAUGCAGACGCUGCUUCGAGCCUUCGAGGCCCGAGACCGUAACCUGCAGGAGAGCAACCUGGGCCGGGUGAACUUCUGGUCGGCCGUCAACCUGGGCGUGCUGGUGGUGGUGGCUUUCCUCCAGGUCUACAUGCUGAAGAGCCUCUUCGAGGACAAGAGGACGGUGCGGACGUAGAUGGGGCUGAGGGUGGGGGACACACACACACACGGGACUCGGCUCCCUGCCGGGACGGCGUCGGAGGAGGGACGUGCUCCCCUCCGGCUGCUGCUGCUCCCUCCCGGCGGGGAUUAAACCUGCCCAGCUUUGUACCGCGGUGUCUUGGAGCUGAUGCGAACCUCGGGGGGGGGAAGGUUUGGGGGCGAAACCCCCCUGCAUUUUGUCACUGAAGGGCCUCGAAUGGGCAUCCCUGAGUCUUUGAGGAAGGAAUCCGUUUAUUCUGGGCCCUGUGGGG